AGACAAUUUGCAACAAGUUUGUUUUUUUUUUUUUUUGACAGUUCCGAGCAAAUCCUUGGUCCCCCGGAGCCUUUUUUUUUUUUGUUUUACAGAAUUUAUACUUUGCUCAUUAGGGCAGUGCAGGGCAGGGCAGAGCAGCACGGGCUCUAGGGUUUCUACUUGACAACCUCUCGGGUCUCGCAAACCCUAAUAGAGGAAAGUAAACCCUAGGUACAGGAAAGAUGGUGUCUGCCAAGAAAACUAAGAAGACGCAUGAGAGCAUCAACAACAGGCUUGCUCUCGUUAUGAAGAGUGGCAAGUACACGCUAGGCUACAAAACAGUUCUUCGUUCUCUCAGAAGCUCCAAAGGGAAACUUAUAAUUAUUUCGAACAAUUGCCCCCCGCUGAGGAAAUCUGAGAUUGAGUAUUAUGCGAUGCUUGGAAAGAUUGGUGUUCACCAUUAUAAUGGAAACAAUGUUGAUUUGGGAACAGCUUGUGGGAAGUAUUUCCGGGUCUCUUGCCUCAGCAUUAUUGAUCCCGGUGAUUCUGAUAUCAUCAAAUCACUUCCGGGCGAUCAUUGAGCAAAGCGAGUUGGACGUAUGCCUCUUGGGAAUCUUCCAAGUUUCAUGUGACAUUAGGGUUUUUAAUUCCCCAAGUCUUUCUGAGAGACAUUAUACCUUCUCAAUUUCAUUUUCCAUUUUGGUUUGUUAUUACCUUGUUUGGUGUUCAUUCAUGAUGGCACCCGUGUCUGUUUUAUUCACUGCUAGAUUUGUGGGAAUCAGAGAAAAACCUAUCCCUUGCUUACUGUGAGCAUAGACCUGCGGGGAAAAAUAGGAGGUGAAGGGGAGGGAAGGGAAUGUCCGAACAGAUGGAUUUAGGAUAGCCCCUUUAGGAAAUGCCUUUUAAGUUGCUACUAGAUAGUGUUUGGAAAGAUGAAUUUUAGGGUUUGAAUUUGAAUUUAUGUGGAAUAAUUUAACAUUUAUAUCACUCCCUUUUAGUGACAAA